AUGAAAAACCUAAAAACUUAUUCUUAAAGCAGUAACACAAUUGUAUAAAUAAGGAAGACUUUGAAAAAUAUGGUAUAGAGUUAAUUAGGGAUGUUGCUAUUGCUAAUUCUGAUGUAUUAUUUUCUAUUUAUUCUUAUUUUAGGAUGGUAGUAAUUAAUAAUAUAUUGGUCAUCCCUCUAAUCUCUUUUAAUAAGCUGUAGAUCUAAAAGAUGAAAACAUUUCAAACAUGA